UACUUUUUUUGUGUUGUGACAAGGUGCUGGUGUAAACAGUUACCAAUAACAAUUUCAUCGUUAGAGUUUUACUUUAGACGUUUAUUAACACCCUGGAACUCAAAAUAUGAAUACUUUAACUGUAUAACAAUAUAUACAUACCCCAUGCCGUGUUUAAUUCGCGUUUGAGACAGGACUUGCUUGAUAUAUGUUAUCUAGGUAACGCUAGCUAGCUGCUUAGCUAACAAUGGCUAACUGUAUGGGUUUUCACACUCAAAUAGCCUCCAUCAUGGAGGUGCUAGCGAAUGCAGCAGUGGCAGAGAUCUGUAAAGUCGUAGACGACGACUAUGCAGUGUUUCGUUUGGAAAUAACUCAAAGCCAGAAAGAAAACAGGGCAUUGAGGAGGAAACUACAGCUACUGGAACUGAAGGUGGCACGGGAGCGCAUCCUCGCCAGAAGUGUCAAGAUCCUCGACCGAUACAGAGGAAUGGCAAGAGGUGAAGGACAUCUCACUGGAGGCCACAGGAGCUUUGUGAAGCCAGCGGGACACAAUACAUGGAGAGAUGACCAACCAAUCACUGUUGAUGAGGGGAGUGGAACCUCAACCCAUCACGUUAUCAUGAUAGAGUCUGCAGGUCCUGGGGUCAAGCAUGAGAGGUCUGAACGAGCGGAUGAGCCACAACACAGCAGAGACAUUCAGACUGUAGCAGCGGCUGGAGUGACGACCCCUGUAGCCACUGAGGACCUUGCCACCGCCGUGCCCCAGCCCAGGACCCGAUGCAGCAUCACGGAGGAGGAGGAGGGUCCAGAGGUGCUGCUGGUGAAGGAGGAGGGGUGUGAGGAGGGUCUGGGGAACCCUGAGGGGAACAUGGUCAUGGAGGACAACCAGACUACACCUCCUCCUGAACCCACAGAGGAACCAGCUGAGCAGCACAGGACCAAACAUAGUCUCACUGAGUCAGUAGACAUGGAGGAUGGGAAGCCUGAUCUGCUGAUAGUCAAAGAGGAGACAAUAGAAGAUGGACCAGAGAGCGUUGAUCAGCUGAGUGAACUAAAGAUGGGGGAGCAAGGUGGUUGGCUGGAGGCUAACAGUGAAGACUGGGCGGCCAUCUUGGAUUCCCAGACUGGUGCAGCCAAGGGCUCAGGGGACGACAUCACUGAGCAGGCCAGGACUAGAGGCGACAUAGUGGAGAUCAGUGGAUGGGACAGCGUCCUCAACUCUGGGCUGGGGAACAACACUGUUAACCACAACCAGAAACAGACAGUUGAACACAAAACAACCAAACUCAGUCUCCAUGACAACAGACUGGCUGAGACCAGGGCAAGGUGUAGAUUUGGUCUGCAGGGACGGGGAGGUGUCCGUAUGCGGCAGGAGAGAACAGACACAGACUCUGCUAGCGAUGCUCCGUCCUGCUCCUAUAGUUGUGAUUCAGAGAGACUGAUGGUGCCUCAGGUUAACCCCCUAACAGUUGCUGCCUUCAGCCUGCCUUCUGUAGGAUCUAUCAACUGGAACAUGGACCCUGCAACACAGACACUCCCUGGCCUUCGUCCUCCUCACAAUCUCCUUAUGUUAAACCAGACCUCAGACAAUGCCAGUGCCUCAACACUAAAUGGCAACACCAGCCCAUUGACAAAUGACAGUAGUAGUAACGCUAUCAGCAGAUCUGGUGGCAAAGAGAAGCGCUUCCCGUGUUCAUUCUGUGGUAAAGCCUUCAGUUUCCCCAAACAGGUGGAGAUCCACCAGAGGAUGCACACAGGAGAGAAACCAUUCAGCUGUCAUCUUUGCCGGGCCAGUUUCUCCCAGUUGUCCAACCUGAAGAGGCACCAGAGGGUCCACACAGGAGAGAAGCCUUACAGCUGCCCCCAGUGUGAGAAGAGGUUCUCCCAUCAGCACCAUCUGAAGAUACACCAGAAGGUCCACAUGGGGUAAAGGCCUGUACGCACUGGGGAAAGAGUGUUCUCGGAGAGGAGUUCUCAGGAUACACCAGCAGAAAAUGCACACGGACAAUGUAUAGAUCCCGUCUAAUGCCUGCUGACUGGGUUCAUAGAAAGCCUGGACCUGGGUCUAGCCUUCCUCAGCUACCUCAUGGUUACCCCACAAAUACAGACAGGGUCCGGAUUUGUGUUCACAAGAGGUACCUAGCCUAUAACACAGCACACAAUCCCAACCACACCCAAACAAUGGCUAGAGGUCAAGGAGGGAGCUCAAAGACUAACCACCUGAGGCUGGCUCCUGCUUCUACCUCCUCUGGCGUCAUUGGGUCACAACGUGGGAGGCUGAGCAUGAGGACGGAUGCUGACAAGCCGUACGCCUGCCUCAGGUGUGGGAAGCGCUUCGCUAAGACAAAAUAUAUGAAGCAGCACCAGAAUGUUCACACUAAGGAGGCCUUUCAAGUGCAAGCUGUGUUACAAGAGCUUCUCAUACCUCAGUAGCCUUAUUAGACAUAGGAUUGUCCACAAUGGGGAGAAAUCGUAGCAGUGUGGCUUGAGAUAUACACAAGGGAUAUCUGGGAACUAUUCUUUAGCUGUUAUAGUCAUCAUGUGAAGUGUCUUGGGGUAAGACGGUAAUUAACCAUAUAACAUUCAUUAAACCUUCGUUAACUUGUCAUUUAAAAUAGGCUUGUGUACCUGUUUUGAGAGAGACUAGGUUAGAAUAAGGACAGUUUAAUUUUUACCUUACUGAGGUGAUGUAGAUGGAAUCAAGUGAUGAUAUUAUUUUCUAUUCUAACACACUCUUCUUUCUAAACUAGUCUGCUCUCUGCUUGAAAGGUACUGAUCAUAGGAAAUUUGAUGUGUAACGUAAUAAGCAGUACCGCAUUUCAAAGAACAGCAUACGUCACUUUUUCAUUUAACCACACCCUUUGAGCUAUGACGCCAACCAAUAAGAUACUUUCUCUUCAGUGUAACGGAAGUGGGUGUGGCUAGGCGACAUGGUGGAAGCGGGUGUGGAACUGAAAUCGAAUGGCGGUGGAGAAAAGGAUGAGUGGACUUUUGUCCAAAAGAAUGGGAUAAGGAGAAAAACUGUUGUGGAAAAUAUGUCUAGUUCUGAUCGUAUCUGGUAGGACUGCGGUUUUUGGAAAAACAAUGUAUGCCAGACUUGGUGAAUCCGUUAACAUUUAGUGUGUUUCUGCUGAUCAGAAAAGGCGUGUCUCACCGGAAUUUAUGAAUAUAAUCUGUUGCAUUGA